UCUACUUGCUCUACUUGCAUAUUCUCUGAAAUGCCUGCACGUACCGACGGAAGCAUCAAUACCACUACGUACCGAUCGUCCCUGGCCCUUCCCACCGAUGCCUUGAACGCCAUGAAGCGUGAUCCGCGUUCCAAUAUUAUCUCCUCUAAAAUAGAGAAGUACCGUGCAAUGGAGGGCCGUGGUUUUCGUCUCCAGCCCGACGAAUUUUGGAUCGUCUGCUCAACAACGCGUACUACCUCACGCGGUUCCGAAGACAAGACGGUUGAUUUCGUACUUGCAUGCACAUACGGUGUAGUCGGAAAAUACCCUAUAUUCAUCUGGGGUACCAAGCUCGAGGACGAUCUCACCGACGAGUAUCUUGAGGUCCGCAUGCGGAACGUAGUUAGCGAACUUUUGAAGAACGUCUCUCCGCGCCGUGUAUACUCGAUAUUUGCCGUCCAGCCGGUCGCGCAGAGUUUUGCAGCACAUUGGUCCUCUGCAACGCGUAUCAGCAUCAUCCCAGAGCCGUACUAUGCUGCGAAAUUCUCUUACUGCACUACUAAGACAUUAGCACCAGCUCCUUCUGCAAAUGGAGUAAUCAUGCGUGUUGCAGAGGACCAUGAUACCGAGCAGGUUGCACACUUGUGCUACGGAUUUGCAGCAGAUUCUCCUCCGUUUGUAUUGACUAACGACGGAGCCCGGGCUGAGGCGCGUACAAUGAUCCAGGCGAAGCAAGUAUGGGUGCUUGAAGUUCAGCAUAGCCGGGGAUCGUCCAUUGCUUGCAUCGUUGCUCUGACCCGUGCGAAUGCAAAUGUCAUGGCGAUCACGAAGGUUUAUACGCCACCGGAAUGGCGCCAGCGUGGCUAUGCACGCCGUCUUGUCCGUAAAGUUUGCGAUCACCUCUUCACAGUCGAGCACAAGGACUACGUCGUUCUCUAUGUUGGUCAUGAUAACAGUGCUGCCAACGUUUACAAUCGCGUUGGAUUUGUUGCGCUCGAGCCCGGAACUCAAUCACAGUUCAGGUCCGUUGAGAACUGGCUUGAGCUCGGUUUCGACCGUGCAAAGAUUGAUCUCGGGCACUGGUAACCAGCUACAUGCAUUCUUGCCACAAUGCUCUCAGUAUCUGUUUCAAGCAUUACUGUGGCAAUAAUCUC